AUGGCGCCCCUCACAUUCGCGCGCCUGCGCUGGUGGAACGCCGCGGUGGGUACCCUGCAGCUGGUCGCGGGCGCCGCCAUCCUGGCCAUCUCCCCCUACGAUCCCAAGUCCGAGCUCCCCUGGUACACCUUCUUCGUCGCAUCCUGGUCCAGGGACAACGGCGCGGAGUCCGACUUCUACAGCCCGGCACCCAAGCAGGUGGCCAGCUUCCCCAUCGCCGUCUGGAGCGGCGUCUUCCUGCUGCUGUCCGCGGUCGACCACCUGCUGGUCAUCCUGCCCAGGGUCAACGCCUACUACAACCGCUGCCUGUGCCAGAACCGCAACCCCUUCCGAUGGGCCGAGUACUCCGUGAGCGCCAGCCUGAUGAGCGUGAUGAUUGCGCAGCUGUGCGGCGUGACCGACAUCCACCUCCUCUUCACGCUGGCCGCCCUCAUGGCGACCACCAUGCUGUUUGGGCACCAGAUGGAGGUGUCCAACGGCGCCCGCCUGCCCACCUUUGCCUACUCCGACGACUCCAAGGCGCCGCCUGCGCUGGCCAAGGACGGCUCUGGCGCCGGCCUGCCCGCCGCCUUCCUCACAACAAACCCUGUCGCCGACGGCGCUGCCGACGGCGGCGACGGCGCCGCGCCCGGCGCGCAGCGCGUCGACUGGGGGCCUUUCUGGAUGGGCUGCUGGCCCUUUUUGGCGGUGGAGCUGGUCACGGGCUGCUACUUCUUCCAGGCCGUGAGCAACGGCGACCCUCCCACCUUUGUGUGGAGCCUGUUCUUCAUCCUCUCCUUCCUCUACAUCAUGUUUGCCGUCAACCAGGCCCUGCAGUUCAAGCAGGUGCGUGGCUGGCGCGGGUUUGCCCAGGCGGAGUGGUGGUACAUGAUUCUCAGCCUGACCAGCAAGCAGCUGCUGGCCUGGAUCACCUAUGGCGGCACGCGGCGCUUCGAGGACGAGGGCAUCUAG